UAUUAAUCUGCAAAUUUUCUCAGAUGACGCAGACUGUGACUUCACCUCCCGUCCCCUCUCCCUCUUCAUCUCCACAUCCCUCCUCUCUUCCGUGUCUCUCCCGAUGCCUUGCUCUUGUCGGAUGGGAGACAGCGACACACAGCAGGCAGGAUGACAAACCAGUCGACAGCAAACCAGUCCAACACAAACAAGAAGGAGAAAGACGAGAGCCAGCGAGAUGACAACACAGAAGUUGCGUAUAAAGAUGCAGGCCACUGCAGCCGCAACACCCACAACCUGCUGCUGGGACUCACUGUUAUGGGUGUUGUCAUGGGAGCAGUGUUUGGGAUGCUGCUGCGGUACAUGAAGGUGAAGGACAUGGCUGCCCUUACUAUGGUUUCCUUCCCAGGAGAAAUCCUCAUGAGGAUGCUGAAGAUGCUCAUCCUGCCUCUGAUCAUCUCCAGCCUCAUCACAGGACUGGCUGGUCUAGAUGCCCGCUCCAGUGGCAGGAUGGGCAGUAGAGCCAUGGUGUACUACAUGUCCACCACUGUAAUCGCUGCCAUCCUUGGAGUCAUCCUGGUAUUGGGGAUCCACCCCGGGAACCCCAAACUAAGGGGAGGCGCCAGCAGCUCAGCCCCAAAGAACCAGGAGGUCAGCAGUCUGGACGCCUUCCUCGACCUGCUCAGAAACCUCUUCCCUGAGAACCUGGUGCAGGCCUGCUUCCAGCAGGUUCAGACGGUGCUGAAAAAGGUGCCGAUUGUAGCAACAAACCAAACUGAGCCCAUCUUAGUCAACAGGAAGAAACUGGAGUACAAAUGGGGCAUGAACGUCCUCGGCUUGAUUGGCUUCUUCAUCACCUUUGGGAUCUGCAUGGGCAGGAUGGGCGAGCGAGGCAAGAUCAUGUGCGACUUCUUCAACAUCCUCAAUGAGAUUAUCAUGACGAUGGUGUCCAUGAUCAUGUGGUACUCUCCUGUCGGUAUCGCUUCCCUGAUUGCGGGAAAGAUCGCAGCUAUCGGGGACCUGGAGGUGGUGGCCAGGCAGCUGGGCAUGUACAUGGUGACCGUCAUGGUGGGCCUGGUGAUCCAUGGCGGCUUGAUCCUACCUGCUAUAUUCUUCGCCAUCACCAGAAAAAGCCCCUUUACGUUCUACUCUGGAAUCUUCCAGGCUUGGAUCACAGCUUUGGGCACUGCUAGCAGUGCAGGGACGUUACCUGUCACCUUCCGCUGCCUGGAGGAAAAUCUGAAGAUUGAUAAGCGCGUGACUCGCUUCGUGCUGCCCAUAGGUGCCACCAUUAACAUGGACGGCACCGCGCUGUAUGAGGCCGUGGCAGCCAUCUUUAUUGCCCAGAUGAAUGACAUCACCCUGGACAGCGGACAGAUCGUCACUGUCAGUAUGACUGCCACCUUGGCCAGUGUCGGAGCUGCCAGUAUUCCCAGUGCUGGACUGGUUACCAUGCUACUGAUCCUGACGGCUGUGGGACUGCCUACUCAGGACAUCAGUCUGCUCAUCGCUGUCGACUGGCUGCUUGACAGAAUGCGUACCUCCAUCAAUGUGGUGGGCGACUCAUUCGGCGCCGGGAUCGUGGAUCACUUGUCGAAGGCAGAGCUCGCCGAAAUUGACGCAGCAGAAAUACAAAUGAUCCCGCCGGAGGAGGAGCUUGAUUUCAUCCCUCCACCCCCGAUCCUCACGGAGAUGGACCUGAUGGAGCCCCUCAAACCGCCCGAGCUGCCCCCUCGUUCCCCUCGCCCACCCAAACAAAACCACCAUGGCCCCAUUCUCCCCCAGUCCCAGUCCAUCACUUACUCACCGUCCCGCUCUAUCCGAUCUCCAUCACCACGCUCCAUCCGCUCUCCCUCUCCGCGUUCCGUCUGCUCCCACUCCCCUCGACCUUUCCGUACUCAUUCACCACGCCUCCUCCACAGGACGGAGCCAGGCUACUGCGCCCUGCCCAGCCACGACAACCAGGUUCCCACAAUGCCUCGCUCCUACAGAGAGAGAGAGAGGGACAGGGAACGGGAGCGUCUGAGGCGAGAGAGUGAAACCGAAGAGGAGGAGGAGAGAGAGAGGGUUCUGGGUGAAGUAAGCGACGGCGAGGAGAGUGAUGACACUGCUUACGACCGGAGGCAUGCCAUGCUACCGAGCGACUUGCCGUGAUCGGAUUUUAUCACCAAAAAGCUUUCCCAUCGAUUAGUUUCCGUUUUAUAACAGCUUUUGAGGUCCACAGUGGAUUUCUGGCUGGUUACAUUGCUACUUCUGCUCUUGAUUAACAGAACUGUUGGAUGUGUGAUUUGAGCUCACUUUGAGCUUAAUAUGCAUAGAUACUACAACAUCAACACAUUCCUUAGACAGGCCCUUAAAACCAGGCCUGAGACGUUUGCUCUUUGGUUUCUUGCAAAAGAGAGCUUAAAUGGAGAGUUGUUUCCCUCGUUUACUAAUGUCUCCAUCACUGUCUUGACUUCAUAACCAAAUUUAAAAUGCUCCUGCAUGUCUGAACUUCCUUAUAUUUGCCUGAUAAGAGAGAAAUUUGCUCUCUCUAUGAGAAAAGUAUCUUGGUGUUAUCAGCCUUUAAACGCACAACCACAAGUUUAUAGUUGUUCCUUUACCCUCGCUCAACUCCUCCCUUCUCUUCUACUUUUAUUUCCCUGGCAGGAAGUGAAAAUUAUUCAACUUAAAAGGAAUAGUUUACCAUUUUGAGAGCGACGCUUGUCUCUUUUCUUGCAUAGUCACAUUAUACUUAAAUGUUGCACUCAUGUCUGAGUAAAUCCACCUGCCAGCACCUUUAAAGCUCACUAAUUGACAUAGUAAAAUUUGUAAUCCAUACUAAAAGAUUUUACGAGCCAGACUAUUCCUUGGCUGGGUGCGCUAAAUUCACGAAGUCUCCACUGGUUUACUGCCAACUGGUCCCAGUUGAGAAAUAGUCCAGGACGCAAAGUCCAUAAAGCCCCAGCUUGUCAGUAUUACACUUUGUUUUUAGUGUGGACUAAUGACACAAAACACACCGUGUUAAUUAAUGGGAUGGGCACGAGCACUUGAGUGCUCGCCUUGGACGUCAGUAUUUGUUCUUACAGAGUAAUCGUCGCCCAACUCCCCACAUGUAAACAUGGUUUUUAUAUUGUUUUUUUACCCUUUAAAAUGGGUAAAAUCUUCAUUGUAGAGCUUUGUACAGUGUAUUGCUCCACUCAGUGCCUCCUUGCCCCACUGUCGCUGCCGCUCUGCUGUCAUGAGCCUACUGCAACGGGAGCGUGAGCUCUGCACUGGGGCAUAGUCCAUGAGAAUCUGCCCAUAUACACACAGGAACGGGACUGUUAGCAUCACAUGGCUAACAUUACCUAAUGUAAUGUUGGUUAUUUUAUUUUUCUUAUGUUAACAUGUAAUGAAUGGGUAAAUAUGCCAACUGAAGCCUCGUUGUUAAUUAAUUGAUUUCUAAAUUUAUUUCUUUUACGUUAUUGGCAAACUGACAUUCCUAUUCUUACGAUGGACUUUUUUGUGAGUACUUGAGUACUCGCUAAUAAUUUAAUGUGAGUACUAAUAUUAAAGUUACUCAAAAUUCCCAUCCCUAUUAACUAGUAAGCUUUAAAGGUGCAGGCAGGCAGAUUUUUUUAAACUUUGGACAGAGCCAGGCUAGCUUGUCUUCCUGUUACCAGUCUUGAUGCUAAGCUAAGCUAACUGGCUACUGGCUGUAGCUUCACAUUUACCACACAGACAUUAACUCCCAAAAUGUCAAACCAUUCCUUUAAAUAACCUCUAGAAUACCAACAGUUUUAUGUAAAUGAAAGAAGCACACAACUAGCAGCCGUAAUUUUUAUAAUUCUCUACCAUCUUGCAUCUCUUUACUUUUCCAUCCUCGGUGCUCUUCUUGCACAUCACCUCCCACCUUGAUGUUAAUAUUGUCUAUAUUAUGUAUGGUUUGUAUUUUCUUGUUGUGGUCUGGUGUCUGAAACGAUGAGUAAUAGGCAAGAUGCUGUUUUAAUUUUGUUGUAUGUUUAAAUUGACUCGUCUCACGUAUCAUUCUUCAUUGCUGUAAAAUAACGCCAUCAGUCUCUUCCUCGCCCACUGAAUUGCCUUUCAUUUUAAAUUUAAGUUCAUCAACUGCCUCCCUACAUCCUCAAGUCUUAACUCAGAGACACAGGUCCAGGUCUUGUGUAUAUUGUAUGUAAUAAAAACUUAGAGGUUUAUUUAAAAUAACUGCAGUUCUUGUCUGAUUUCUCUGCCGCUUAAGUAACUUUGUACAAUCUGUGGAGGGAUUUGCAGUCGAAAGGGGACACGCGUCAGUGUUUGGUGACUAAAGACGCAGGAACAAUCCUGUAGACAAAGAUAUUACUGGAUGUAAAAGUUGCAACAGACACACAUGGACACGUUACACGCACACACAUUGAUGAGACAAAGACACACAGAGAUACCAACACACUUAAUCCUCUCAAAGAAGAGUUAGAGAUGGGCGAGGCAGGAGAGAGUGAGGGAUGGGAGAGGAAUCGGA